CCAUGAUCCGCGCAUGCGCUCUCCUCGGCCUCGCCGCCUCGGCCGCCGCCUUCGCUCCUUCGUCCCUCCCCAUCCGUGCUAACCGCGCUUCCGCUGUCAGCAAGAUGUCCAUGCAGAGCAACCGCUUUUCCUACCGCUCUGAUGGCCUUCCCGCCUGGGACAGCGAGGGUGCUGACUGGGCCGUCAACGGAGGACUCUUCGGAGCUGUCGGUGACGUGAUCUGGGCCCGUGAGGCUGAGAUCAAGCACGGACGUAUCUGCAUGCUCGCCGCCACCGGAUCCAUCGUCCAGGAUCUCUACCACUUCCCCUUCAUCGACAAGUGGUACAAGGGCGAGAAGAUGUGGGGCCUCCACGACGCCGCCAUCAAGUCUGGCGCCCUCUGGCAGGUUCUCUUCUUCAUUGGCCUCCUUGAGCUCCCCUUCCUCCUCAAGCUCGCCAACGGAACUGUCGACGGAACCGGUGACAUCGGCUUCGAUCCCCUUGGCCUCAAGAACGACCCCGAGACCUUCGCUCGCCGCCAGGUCACUGAGGUCAAGAACGGCCGCCUUGCCAUGAUCGCCAUCUCUGGCAUGACCCACCACUACUUCCUCACCGGCAAGGGACCCAUCGAGUUCAUCACUCAGAUCCCCAACUUCAAGUCCUGUGCUGCUGCUGCCGUCGACACUGGUCUUUGCAAGUAAACAGUCAUCGCUUGUAAAUAAAUGAGGAGCUGAAUGUGUCUCAAACAAGUGUCCCGAUCUCAAUGUCAAUCUUAUUGAAAU